AGUAUCUGGUCAACAAUGGAUCAUCUGUAGUAUCCAUCUGGGAAAAGGCUAUAUGGACACUCCUGACCUGCAAAUUGAUAUUUAAUUUCAGAAUCGGUUAAAAUUAGGUUAAGGGAAGGGUUAAGGGUUUGGUUAAAGUAAAGGUCAGUUUUAGAUUUGAGUUAGUCGUUUGCAGGUCAGCAGUGUCCUUAGGUCUCUCCCAUAGAUCUGAGGAACAGAGAGGAGAGGGGCAGGAUUCUGAGGUGAGGUAGAGAGAGGCAGAGACAGGGGAGCCGAGGUUCAUCGCUACAACAACACUCAACUCAGUCAGGACGGAAUAAGCUGCUAGAGACACACUGCGGGGUCUGGGAAGGAAAUCUGUCACAUGGGACGAAGAAGGAGUGAAAGUGUUUAUGUUGCUGGAUGGACUUGUAUUUUUAUAUCGCAACUUAGUUUUUCCCUUUUCCUUUCCUUUCCACCGCCCUAACGGAUAGCAUUCCGCGGAGCAGUUGCGCUUUAAUGCCCCUGCGCACUCGAGGAGGAGAAGGAGAGCAGAGGCCUGACUUCUCGGAAACCGCUCCGCCGCCCCUCACGCCUCUCCCCCGUGGCUGUCUGUCCCCUCUUCCCUCCUGGCCCUGUAUGGACGGGGAUGGGGAGAACCGGAUGUUGUUACCGCGGGGCUGAGCGCCUCGCAUCCCCACCGAGGGUGCCCCGCCUGCGGCCGUUGCUGGUGCUGCUCCUUGCUCUCUGCUACGGGGCUCACAGAGGUCAUUGCCAGGUGGCCACCCCCCAGUGUCGUAUCCAGAAGUGCACCACAGACUUUGUGUCCCUGACGUCUCACCUGACCCCAGCGCUGGAUGGCUUUGACGUAGAGUUCUGUAAGGCUCUGAGGUCCUACAGCGCCUGCACCCAGAGGACAGCCAAGUCCUGCAGGGGCAACCUGGUCUUCCACUCUGCUGUCCUGGGCAUCUCAGACCUCAUGACCCAGAGAAACUGCUCCCGUGACGGGCCCACCUCCUCCACACACCCCGAGAUGCAAUCAGAGCCCUGCAACUACCACAGCCGCACCCAGCAUGCUCACACACACCCUCACACGCACACUCACACACCGCCAGGGUACCUGUUCUGCGGGCUGUUCGGGGACCCCCACCUGCGGACGUUUAAGGACAGCUUCCAGACCUGCAAGGUGGAGGGGGCGUGGCCGCUUAUUGACAACGACUACUUGUCUGUGCAGGUGACCAACGUUCCAGUGGUAACGGGAUCCAGCGCCACGGCGACCAAUAAGAUCACUGUCAUAUUCAAGCCAUUUGAGGAGUGUACAGACCAGCGUGUGUACCAGGCAGUAACAGAUGACCUGCCCGCUGCCUUCGUAGACGGUACCGUGAGCAGCGGGGCCCUCAACCAUAACCUUAACGAAAAUAAUGGUGACUCUACCGGGAAGGUACAAGCGCUGUGGAUCUCGGAGCAUAGCCCCGGUCGCCACGUGGAGCUGCAUGCCAGCUACAUCGGCGUGACGGUUAUCGUACGGCAGCUGGGGCGCUACCUGACCCUGGCGGUGCGCAUCCCGGAGGAGAUGGCCCAUGCCUACGACGCUACGCAGGACCUGCAGCUCUGCCUGAAUGGAUGUCCCACCUCGGAACGCAUCGACCGGGGGGGUCACCUGCCCCUGCCUCUCCCUCUACCACAUCCAGCCCUGGGCUUACAGCUCCAACAGCCACACGGCCAGGGCCAGUCCUCACACACACACUCCCACACGGCUCCCGACAUCACCUCCCUUGGAUUCAGUAUGGAGGGUGCGCGGGCACGCUGCAGGGAGCAGCUUGAGGUGCAAGAUAUUUAUUUCCACUCGUGUGUGUUUGACCUCCUGACCACCGGGGACGCUAACUUCACGGCAACGGCGUUCAGCGCCCUGAAGGACAUGGAGAGUCUUCACCCCCACCGCGAGCGCUGGACGAUCUACCCACCCAGCUCAGCCCACACCUCUCAGCCUAUCACAUGGCUCCUACUGCUUACGCUCUGUGCGCUCGGAUAGGCACUGGUAUAGCGUGAGUGUGUUUUUUGUGUAUUUGUAUGUGUGUGUGUGUGUUUGUGUAUGUGUGUGUUAAAAUAGAGCUCCUAGCUGAGCUGUAGGAUAAAGUUCCCUCUUGAUGCAGAUCUAAGUUCAGUAUUGUGUUUUUCGCUCUAAUGGUAAUGAUUGGGGAGGGUGACCUAAGCUGAUCCUAGAUCUGUGUCUCGGAGAAACUUCUAACCAGAGCCCCUCUGGAGAUUUACCCUUUUCUUCUUCUUGACUGAACACCCCGAGGCAUAUUUCUGCCACAAAUGAGCUGCAAGCCCACAGGUCUAAGCCCACAGGUCCAAGCCCACAGGUGCAAGCCCACAGGUCCAAGCCCACAGGUGGAUUCUGAACAGAUUCCAUGACACUCUUGUACUAUUCCCAACUCUGCUAUGUGGGAUCAAGCAAGCCUUGUGGAGAUUAUGACCUAUCUAUAUGUGAGCAAGCCUUGUGGAGAUUAUGACCUAUCCAUAUGUGAGGAUAACACAUAAAGGAAGACCCCAAUAAACACUCCCAACUUGUGUGUAUAUUGUAGAAACACACCCCAGACUGUAAAUAGUGUGUGUGAGUAUUGUAUCCGGGAACUCUGAAUGGCAUCAAGUUUUUGUUGUUAUUUUGGCUUGAUUUUGUUGUGAUAGUUUUUUUUUAUACCUCAGACAGGAAGUUGAUUUAACAGAAGCACUUUAUUUAUUUUUUGUUGCUAAAUCCACACCAGUGUUCCCCCUCUCUACCCCUCUCUACCCCACCCCCUCAACCUUUCCCCUCUCUCCUCUCUACCCCACCCCCCCCUCCCCUCUCUACACCACCCCCUCAACCUUUCCCCUCUCUCCUAUCUACC